AUGGGUAUCUCCAACGACAAGUUCCCCUCCUCCGUGGCUUUCGAUGCCAUCAACGACGUCCUUAGCAACAGCGAGGCCGAUCGCAAGGAUGCCAUCAAGAACGGCAAGGCCGUGUUCGGUAUCACCCUGAAGAACCCUGCCGGCGAGACCGAGAGCUGGUUCAUUGACCUCGCCAAGGAGGGCAAGGUCGUCCAGGGCCUCGACAAGUCUGAUGUCGAGCUCCGCCUCUCUGACGAGGACUUUGGCAAGCUCGUCAUGGGCAAGGCCAAGGCCCAGGGUCUGUUCAUGUCCGGCAAGCUCAAGAUCAAGGGCAACGUUAUGAAGGCUGCCAAGCUGGAGCCCAUUCUCAACAAGUCCCGGUCCAAGGCGAAGUUGUAA